GCCAGUUCAGCGCUGCCCGGCGGUGUGACGAGAACGGCGCCGCGAUCAGUCCUGUCCUGUCAGCUGCGACAACUCUGUGACCGUUUGUUGAAACAUGGUGAAAAUGUUUGAAGUCAUUCAUUCCAUAACGAGAACACCUCUGCCAGUACUUCCAGUGAUAGGCGUGAUGGUGGCGACCCUCAGCUGCGGCGGGGCGGCGGGUCAGGCAGCGCUCCUUUCCAGAGUGACGCCACUUGCCGCCACUCUCUUGAAGUAUGGAGCCGAACCCUUACUUCUCCAAACUACGAUGGUGAACAACCCUCGGCACCAAAGAGAGAGAAGACAAACUACAGCUGGUUCCACUCUUGAGGCCGACAUAAGUGAAGCAAUAAAUACUAUAUCCUCUGAAGAACUUCAAGGAGACAACCUCCGUGCGACAGAUUUAACACAGCUAGCAGAGAGCAGCAACAGCAUCCACAAUCAUCUCUUCAGUGGCUCAUCAAUUCACAAGGGGGACAUUGUACCAGUACCAUAUGACGAUCUGGGUUGGUUCUCUAAGACUGUUGAAUUGGCUAUGGACGGGUCACUGUACGUUGGGCUUGCAAUAGGGGUCAUGUUCAUAGCUGGCACACUGCUGUCUGGAGCCAUUGGGUUGUUUGGGGAUACCUGUCUCAUCUGUUCUUUUAUAGGUUAUGCUAACACUGUGGCCCCAUAAGGGAUCCACUAGUCUGUAUUCUUAAAAUAUUAAUAAGUAUUAAUUUAUUUACAAUUUCUAUGAAUAGUACAGAGAAAGAGCAGUAUAAAUAUUAUCAUGUAGAUGCCUUCUGUUCCUCACAAGGAUGAAAGACAAAGCAAAGCAAGCACGUAAACUCAGAGUGAGAAUAAUGUGAAGCUAUUCUUAAGGGGUAGGAAUCUUUGGAAUAUAACAGAAAAUUAUGGAAAUAACAUAAUAAACAACAUACAUUUAAACAGUAUAAAUGGAUAUGAAUGAGAAACAUGCAUUCCAAACUCAUGUCUUAAUAAUGGAACAAGAAAUGCACACACUCAUUUUUCUUACAGCUAAAACAUGUAAUUAAUAUUCAUUUUGUUACUUUAAAAUCAGACUUUAUUUCUUCAUAUAAUUUUGGGCAUAAUACACAGGCUUGACUGAAGUUAUUAAAGUUUUCUAAGUCUUUGUUAAUAUUGAAUUAUUAAGUGAAGUUAAUAAAUUCUGCAGAAUC